AUGUGGCGUUUGUUCUACUGUUUCUUCUUACUAGCAGCUAGCGCUCACGUAAGGACUUCCUCCGCCGUCAAACAUUUACCGAGGCGGCGGCUGAAGUUGACCGACGACGAGGCGGGUCGAGCGGCCGAGGAGUUCUUCGACUACCCGCUGCAGUGGAGACAUUUCGGAGGUCUGGAACCGGGAGAACCGGCCGCCGCCUUUUCUGUGCCGACGCUGAGUGGGGAGUUCGCAUACCGGCCAGGAGAAGAGGGCUCGGCGGGGGUUUCUGUGCUCGUUCACGCGUUUACCAACAAGUCGGCAUUUCUUGAGUGUCUUUGGAGCUCCUCGGCGUCCUUGGCCAGCCUCGUUCUAGAGCUGCCGAACAGCGCUUACGUGCUUUUCCUCUCCCUGGACGAUUCCGCUGCCACGGACGCGCUUUGGAUGCAGGAGAGGCUGCAUGCCGCAGCCAAACAACACGGAAAAGAGGAAGUCUUGUCCCGACUACACGUGUCUCCUGUGCCAGUUUUUGCGGUGGCUAACUGGAUCGCCAGCGUCUUGUACUCGUGGACCUGCGCGGGCCACAACUGCGGCCUGGCACAGGCUGUUUUCACCUCUGUAGGAUGGGACAUGCCGGUGAUCGUCAAGCGACUAGACGCCAGAUACGAUUGGUUGACGGGUCGCUGGGCCAAGACGAAGUACGAGUUGAGGGAUGUGGGCGACGGAUGCCGACCCGCCCCGUCACUUGAGGGCGCUGUGGCGUGGGUGUCCGAUGGAAACUGCUCCUUCUUCGCCAAGGUUGCAAACAUGGCCAAAUCCAACGCGUCGGGUGUUCUGGUCUACGCCCGCCCAGGCUCAGCCAUCCAGGACAUGAACUGCGCCGGGGACGAGUGCGACGUUCCGCUCGAGCUGCCCGCUGCUAUGCUUCACAUCCAAUCGAAAGUAGACCUCGCUCUAAGUUCUGGAAUGUCAGUGAAGGUGUCUUUCCAGACAACGCCCACUCCUAAUUUCUUCCUUGGCAUCGACCAGCAGGGGAUGCUAGCCGAGAUGGGCUGGUUCCUCUACCCGUCAUUCAGUUUCCUCAACUGGCAGGCACAGUGGUUUGACUUCUGGUCGGCUAUGCAGCUGCGACUGCAAUCUCCCGCGACGGUGGUAGCUGUCUUUGACAAAGCGGAAAUGCAAGGCGACAAAGGGGCCGUUGCUGACGUCAACAUGCCGCCAGAUUUGUGGCGUUUCGACACGCUGACGUUGGACGCGUCGUUGUCGUGUCCCGGCGGCAGAGAUGCGACGUGUCCACCGUGGGAUCACGUGGUUCAGCUGUUCGUCUGCUGCGAUCCGCUUGGACCGUACUGCCAUCUUGAAAUGGGAAGAUGGGUGACGGCUUUUCGAAGAGGGAUCGGUCACUGGCAGACAGACGUCUCCCCGCUGCUCCCGGUGCUGGAUGCGAGUGUCUGUCGCCUGACCAUGAAGACGGUCCCGUGGGCGCGACCCUGGUCGGUCUCCCUCAACCUGAGGUUUAGCGUCGCCAACGUCACAGUUUAUCAUCCGAUCGACGUGUCAGAAGAAAAGCUCCGCCCUUUCCGAGUGAUGUCACUGUACGACGGCGGGACCUUCGACAAGACGUACAACCUGCGCCACCCGCCCAUUAAGUUCCCCGUGCCUGCCUCCACCAAAAAGGUGGAGCUCUACGCUGUCAUCACGGGUCACGGUAGCGACGACAACGGCUGCGGGGAAUUCUGCGUCACCUCGCACCACUUCCUCAUUAAUGACGUUCACAACAACACGCUUGCGUUCAGCACGGCGGGCACGGCGCUGGGCUGCGCAGCACGCGUGAAGGAAGGUGCGGUGCCCAACGAGCACGGCACCUGGCUUUACGGGCGCGGCGGGUGGUGCGACGGACUCCAAGUGGACCCUUGGAGGACGGACGUCACUGCACAGCUGGACGUUAGCGGGCAAGCGUCCAAUACGGUAGUGUACAGAGGACUCUUCAAUGGGGAGGACCCCAACCCGACUCAGCAGCCCGGUUACAUCAUCGUUACGUCCUUCCUCAUCUUCUACAAAUGA